AACGAACAGUUUGUUGUCCGACCAUAAGUGUCAAAUCAAUCUCAAGCCCAGCAACAGAUCUUUCAGUUAUGAGUGGAUUUGCACUUUCUCUGAUUUUUCUUUUAUGUAUCAGUCAAUGUGUUUCCGGCAGAUUUACAGAUGAUGUCCUACACCACAGGUCUAAUGCUUCUUCAAGACAAACGAGGAGUGCUGAAAAACCUGCUCCCAUCAACUGUAAACUCAAGAGCUGGUCAGCGUGGUCAACAUGUUCCUCCUGUACGGAAAGGCAGACUCGGUUCCAGCAUUUGGAGCGUCCCUCUCAGUUCAGGGGUGACGAGUGUGUUCACAGUCAGUGGGAUCAAAAGGAAUGUAAAGAAGAGGGCGAAUGUCAACCUCAGGACCACUGUGGGGGAACGUUUGCAUGUGGGCCCAAUGGGCGUUGUAUUGCACAGCCGCUCCGGUGCAAUGGCGAGAUUGAAUGUCUAUCACAAGAAGAUGAAACCGGCUGUAACGAGAUCAACGAAAGAGAAACUAAAUGCACCGACAUGAUGGGCAUACCAGGAGCUGAGAAAGGCAGUCAAGGAUAUAAUGUUUUGUCCGGUACUUCUAUGAAUCCUGUUUUGGACCACAAUUACUACGGAGGCGUUUGUGAAUAUAUCUAUAACGGAGAGUGGCGCAAACUCGCCUACGAUCCCUUCUGUGAACACCUCGGUUAUGAAGGCGAUGAAAAGUAUUACCGGAAACCUUUCAACUUCCUCUCCUAUCAAUUGAUGACACAAGCAACAACUGAACAAUCAACAGACUAUUACGAGGAUGCUGCUACCUUACUCAAAGCAAUCAAAUCAGAAUCAUCUUUCAACUUAGGGAUGACCUUUGGAAUCUAUAAUGUGGAAGCUGGCUUGGAAGGAGGAGUUGAACACAGUUUAAUACACAACAUAUCACAAUACAACAGUAAGGAGGUGGGUUUCGUCAGGCUCUUGUCAAAAGUUCAGACUGCUCAGUUUAAGAUGAGAAGUAAUGAUCUGAUGCUGGACGAGGAGAUGCUGUGGGCUCUGACUGACCUUCCUGAACAGUACGACUUCGCUGCCUAUUCCUAUUUCUUCAAUGUGUACGGCACACACUACAUCACUGAGGGAACCAUGGGUGGAGUUCUGGAUUAUAUUGUAGUUGUAAACAAGAAUGCCAUGACAAGAAAUGAGCUCUUUGGGGAAUCGUUUGGAUACUGUCUCGGUGCGUCUUUGGGCCUGAGUGUGCCUGUUGAAACUAACGUUGAGCUGAAUCUGAAGUUGAAAGGAAAACAAUGUCAUAAAGAUGCGGAGAUAAAAGAACCUAAUGAGUCAUCCAGCGACAUUAUUGAAGAUACCUUUGGCUCCGUGAAAGGCGGAUAUACAGGCCCCAGCACUGGACAGUUGCACAUCAGGGAUGAAAAAAGUUAUAAGAUUUGGGGAAGGAGUCUUAAAUACAACCCUGCAUUAAUAGAUUUUGAGGUUCUACCGAUAUACGAGCUGGUGCGCUUUAGCACCGCAGCGGAGCAGUUACAUGCGAAGAUCCCCCAUCUGAAGAGGGCAUUGGAGGAUUACAUGCAGAUAUUCAAUACAUGUCGCUGUGCCAGCUGUCUGAACAAUGGAGAACCCAUGUUGUCCAGGACUUCCUGCAGCUGUUUGUGUAAAUCUGGAUACAGUGGUGAUGCCUGUGAAGAGACUAAAAGAACAGGUCCUACACAUGGAUCCUGGAGCUGCUGGAGCGGCUGGUCGCCCUGCACGUCUGGAAAAAAGACACGGAAGCGGGAAUGUAACAACCCUGCGCCAAAAGACAACGGUUCACCUUGUCUCGGAAACAGCGAUCAAACGAAAAAUUGUUAGUCUUUUGGCUGACGGCGUCUGUUGACGUUGUUGUUUAUUUUGAUUUAUACAAAAAUGUUAGUAAGAGACAUUUUUAAAAGGCCGUGUUGGUGGUUUCAUCCUCUGUCGGCUGUACAAUAAAAUGUUUACCAGAA